AUGGUCCUCUUGUCCCGCCGCACAAUGCGGGAUCGUUCUGACGACUCAGAAAGCAAGCCUGGGGAGGGCAUCGACGAAGGUAGCCGUGUGGUGGUCCUGAACGGUCGGCACUUUCCGUCGUUCGGCGCAGGAGAUCAAGGUCGAGUGCUGCAGGUCGACAAGGAGGCCCUCAAUUGCGAUGUGCUUUUCGACGGCAGUUCGCGGCCAAUCCCUGUUGCGCUUCGGCAUCUCAGGUUGCUGAAGGCAGGUGGCAGUGGCUCGCGGGCACAGCUGCCAAUAAGCCGUGCCUUAGACUUCAAGGAGGGCGAUGGUGCCAAGAGCGUGUCGGCUGAGAUACGAGAUAUUCGUGGACGGGCCGAAUCGCGGGCACUAUCUGCAAGCCCAAGGCGUUCUGUCAGCAUCUCCGUUGCGGAGCCUGUCUCAGCAGAUGCCUGCCGAGCGCGGGACGCCCGUCCACCCUCCUUCCUGCACUCCAUGGACCAGCGGCUGCAAGCAUGUGAGGCUGCCUUGGAUGGCUCCAAACGCAUGAAUUACAGGAUCGUAAAACCAGGGGAGGAUGACAUGGUGCGAAGCGGUGACAUGAGUCUGCUCGAGGAUCGGAUCUCACGGCUUGAGAUUCGCAUCAAAGAUGAGGUGGAUGUCCUGACGAAGCGGCUACAGCAAGCGACGUCUUUCGGCCAGUCGUGGGAGUCCCGAGCGAAAGCCUUGGAAAGACACAUCAAGGGUCUGGGUCAUGUUCCUCCGAGUCCAGCGCCCUCGUCUUGCUCUGGUCUCUCUGCACGUGGAUCGGCUCCGCUCUACUUGUCAGCGGCCAUCCCGCAGCACCGGCUGUCCGCCACGCCCCCGGAAAAGAGCACCAUGAAUGCCGUGCCUGCUGUGCCUCGAAUGCCUCCAACUCCUUCCACCGGACCUUGCGUCAGCCGAGCGGAACCACCUGACAGCUGCUCCACGCGCGGCUCCGCGGCGAUGCCUGAUUCCCGGCUCUGCAUCAGAUGCGGUCCAGGUUCGGGGCCGACAGCCAGGGAGCUCGAAGAUCCUGGCAGUACACGCCGUUCUCUGUCGGCGACUGCGGCACCAGGACGGACACCUGCAGUCUGUGGAGCAGCAUAUCUAGCACAUCCACAAGACACCACACCCCCAAGGGUUCGGCACAUGCCAGGUAUGCUCCAGCCACAACUUGUGCCAGCAGCUGUGGUUCGCGAAGUCGAUGCAUAUGGAUGCUCUCCAGCGAACGGGUAUGUUGCAGGACCUUGCUUCACGCCUCCGCAAAUGCUUACGCCACGAUUGGUGCUUCCACAGAGGCCCUUCGGCUGA